ACACGUUUUCGGCGGCGUUUGCGGCACCACGUUCCGGUUUCCAGUGAAUUAUAUCCACGGCAGUAGCUUCUCAAAAUGGGCCGGAAAGAUAAAAACAAAAAGAAAGGAAUGGGAGCGGAGAAAACCUCGAUGAAGACGGAUAAAAAGGCAAUCGCAAAGCAGAAGAAAUUGCUAAGCAAACUGGGCGAGGAGGACAUCGAAAACAUUGUCGCCAAGUAUGAGACAAAGGACACCAAGUCGUCGGAUCUGACCGAGAUCGUAUGCCCACCGCCGACGGCCCGCGUGAACGUGGGUAUCUGUGCGCAUCCAGCGGAUCGAGAGGAGAUAUAUUUGCACGGAGGAGAGUUCUACAAUGGCCAACAGACCACAAUCUACGGGGACUUUUACUCGUAUAACUUACCGAAGAAGGAGUGGAAAGUGCUACGAUCCUCGAUUUGCCCAGCACCGCGCAGUGGCCAUCAGAUGGUUUCGGUGGCUACGGAUGGAGGCCAGAUCUGGCUGUUUGGUGGAGAGUACGCUUCACCGUCGCAACUGCAGUUCUAUCACUACCGGGAUCUGUGGGUGUAUCGUAUGGCCAGCAAGCAGUGGGAGAAGUUGAACGCUUCGAACGGUCCAAGCGCACGAAGUGGCCACCGGAUGGUAGUGAGCAAGAAGAAGCUCUUCGUGUUUGGUGGAUUUCACGACAACAAUGCCUCAUAUCGGUACUUUAACGAUCUUUACGCCUUUUCUCUGGAGAGCUACAGCUGGACGAAAAUCGAAACAAGCGGCAGCGUGGCUCCUCCGGCCCGUUCUGGUUGCUGUAUGGUCCCGACGGGCGAUGGUAAAAUUCUGGUCUGGGGUGGCUACUCGAAGACGACGGUGAAAAAGGAGGUUGAUCGAGGUACGACACACACGGAUAUGUACGCCUUGGUGUCGAACGAUAAGGGUGAUGCGAAAGCACCAGCCGGUUCCACCAGCUACAAGUGGGUCAGCGUUAAGGCCAGUGGAAAGAAACCAGCCCCACGUAGCGGAAUGGCCGUCGCUAUGGCACAGAAUGGUAAAGCGUACGCAUUCGGAGGCGUGAUGGACACGGAGGAGGAUGAAGAGGAUGUAAGAGGUCUCUUUAGCAGUGAACUGCACGUACUGGAUACGGCGGCCACCACGUGGCGGAAAGUAGAAGUGGGCGCGAAGGCACGCAAACCAGAGAAAGGCAAUUCCAAGCCGAACCAGGAUGAACCGGAACCAGAAUCUGCUAAGGUGGUUUCAGAUGAUGGCAUAUUCACGAUGACGGUUGGAGGUGCCAGCAGUGGCCCCAGCAGUACAGCCAAGAGUGGCACCAACGAUCUGGAUCUCGGUGGGCCGUCUCCCCGUAUGAACGCCGCCAUUGCCGUGUGCAAAGGGCAACUGUACGUUUACGGAGGUCUUUUCGAAACUGGCUCGAGACAGUACACCCUAAGCGAUCUCUAUUCGCUUGAUUUACAUAAACUGGAUGCCUGGAAAACACUGAUCGCCAACUCUUUGAACUCCAGCGAAUGGCUUGGCUCGGACAGUGAAGGAGAAUCUUCAAGCGAUGAAAACGAUGACGACGACGACGAUGAUGAUGAUGAUGAUGACGAUGAUGACGACAGUUCAGAAGAUUCCUCAGAAAUGGACACGGAUUGAAAGAGAGGAGUGAAUGAAAAACAAACACUUACCAGUUAAAUAAACAACGGCGCGCUUCGUUUCUUCAGGCUUGCA